GUUGCGUUCCGGUUUGGAUGACAUACGUGUAUCAAACUUUAUAAUCAUUUUAUUUAUCAAAGUUAUUGACCAGUAGUGGAUUUGUCAUUGUUAAUAAACAUGCAUUCUUCACUUUUAAUCGUGUUUCUUUGCUGCUGUUUUGUUAGACUGACACUGACCUCUGACUACUGUGGGGAUGGAUACUACUGCUACAGCGGAACAUACUGCUGUACAUACACAUAUAGCCCCAAUAGCUACUACUGCUGUGGGAUUGGAUCCGCUGGAAUAGCAGGAGUUGUGGUGAGUUCGAUAGUAUUAAUCAUCGUUAUCGUCGUCAUCGUGUUGUGCUGUCGUCGAUAUCGUCAGCCUACGUUCGUUCGGACUGGAGUGGUCAGCCCAGGAGUGACUGUGAUAGCCAGUGGUCAACAGAUGGGAAGUUUCCCUCAGUCAGCUCCCUACGGCCAGUACCCCGGGCAACCCACCCAGUAUCCCGGGCAACCCGCCCCAUAUCCAGGGCAACCAGGUUUCUACCCACAACCUCAGCCACAGUACACACCGUAAAGAGUAUUCGCAAGGUCGAAAACUCGAGCGUCAGGAAAAACAUAUGGUAAAACGGAGAUGUGGAAAUGAUCGUGAAAUUUAAAGAAUGUUUAAUUACACCGACUGUGUGCUGAAUUAUUGUGUAACCAUGGUGUUAACGACGCAUAAGUAUAUGAUUCUAUCAACCGUAAAGUUAAAUUGAAACUAAUCAAUUUUAUGUUAAUUAAAUGUGUUAAAUUAAAAGGACCAAAGUCAGCGAACUUAAUCUAUAACAUAUAAUAUAGUUAUAACUAGUACAUUAAUUUUGUUGAUGCAUCCGAUUUUUUUGACUUCCUAUCAUUUAAAACUGUUGAUUUCUAAAAUUGUAUUUAGUAAUUUGUGUUGUUGUUCUUGUUAUCAUUUGUGUUAUUUGAUUCAAAUACACCAAUUAAAAUAAUAAAACCUU